AGAUCUCCAUCACUCUGUCUCUCUCUCUCUCUCUCUUUCUGAGCAUUCCAAGACUCGGAGAAGACGGCAAAAUUCAGCUCGCUGCUGCGGACGGAGAAGUCGCUUCACUCGCGUGCGAAGGAGAAACGGGUAUGAUCGAACACCAGGAAGGUUGCUGAAAUCGUCGAGAUCGUUCUUACGAUGGCGGAUGAGGAGCCUGUUGAUCAAAAGAAGUACUUUGAGGACUCUUGCAAGCCGAAAUGUGUGAAACCUUUGCUCGAGUAUGAGGCAUGCGUGAAGAGGAUCCACGGAGAUGAAUCAGGGCACAAGCACUGCACCGGGCAGUACUUUGAUUAUUGGUCUUGUGUGGAUAAAUGUGUUGCUCCUAAAUUAUUCCCAAAACUGAAGUGACUGAGGGGGCCCCCUUGUUUAAGUCAUUGAUAUUCUGGGAUGUCUCCAUAAUUCUGGACUGUGGCUCGUGUUUGCGAGAAUGAUCUUAGUUGCCUUCUUCCUUAGCAAGUAGGCAGUUUUAAGUUUCUAGUUUGAAUAAAGUGAGAAAUGAAGUUUCUCAGUUCUCGAAACCGUGAUCGCUCAAUCGAUGUUGACAAGAUUGAACCUACUAAGGGUGCAUUGAUUGUUUAUCUUUUUCAUGUUGAUUGUUUCACACUUUUAACAUCAUAAUGAUUUUCCCUUGUAGUGCUUGCA